AUGGGGAAUCAAUGCGUUAUUGUAAUAAUGUUAAUAAUUUUAAUAAUUUUAACGACUUGUUCGUUAGUUCUUUCAUUUCCUUUUGAAGAAAUAUGCCCAAGACAAGCACCUAUAAUUUUACCUGCUACAUGCCCAAUUCAAACCGAUACUUGCCCUGCAGAAUGCCCAGUAAUUGAACCAGCUACUUGCCCAAUUCAAACCGAUACUUGCCCUGUAGAAUGCCCAGUAAUUGAACCAGCUACUUGCCCGAUUUGUCCAGUAGGAUGCCCUAUACCAAAAAUAGUCACAGGAUCAUGUUUAUCUAAUAAUGAAUUUCAAUCAAGUUUUGGAGAAUUACAUGGUUUAGAAGAACUUGAUGAACAAGAGCAACAAAUUGAAAGACUCGGGCAAAAUGAAAAUAGUUUUACAGCAAUUCUUCGUCGAGAACCUUUACUUGUAGAUAUGGCUGAUGGUAUGGAAUCAAAUCAAAUGUAUGGAAGUAGCAACGAACAAAAUUUUGGUAGUUCUUGUGACAUACAGGAAGAAGAUCAAGGUAUGAAAGGACAACAAUCGAAUUUCAUACAUGCAGGUACACCUAUAAAUACAGUAGAUAAAGAAAUAAUCAAGAAUCGGUUAGGAGCGGGAUGUGGACCAGUUCAAGAAAAUAUGGUAGUAGAACCAAUUGAAGAAUUAUUAAAACGAAGGAGAAUAAGAAAGGUUUACUUAAUGAGACGACAAAUAAUCGAGCCUCCUUGCAUGUGCACCGAAAAAAUUGAGCCUCUUUGCAUGUAUACAGAACAAAUUGAGCCUCCUUGUAUGUACACAGAAAAUUGUAAUUUAGAACAUAAUGAAGGAAAAGCUCAUGGGUAUCAAGAAGAUUAUGAAGACAUGUCAGGAUGUCAGACUGAAGGAUUCUCCAAUUGUAAUUCAGAAACAGGAUUAACGUUUGGGUCGUAA